AUGCUGAAGAGUCUUGCCCUCGGCCUUCUGGCCGCCCACAGUGCCGCCGCCAUGCGGUUUGCCAUGUACAUUGAUGAGUAUCACGUUACGGACCUGCCAGGUGCCGACAAGACGCAGGACAUCGAUUAUGCGAUCAUGGCAUUUGCCCCAUCAGAGCUCUUCAACUCAGACUCUCCCGCGUCAUUCACCCCUUUCGAAUCCCCUGAUACCAUGCGCAAGCGCUUCAGUCCCAACACUAAGCUGAUGAUUGCCAUUGGUGGAUGGGGUGAUGAAGCUGGGUUCUCUGCUGCGGCAAAGGACGACGCCGGCCGAAAGCGAUAUGCGAAGAACGUAGCGGCCAUGCUUGAUGCAAAUGGCUUUGACGGUGUUGACAUUGACUGGGAGUACCCCGGCGGGAACGGACAGGACUAUAAGCAGGUCCCUAACUCUGAGAAGACCUCUGAGAUCGAGACCUACCCCAAGUUCCUAGCUGCCAUGCGCGAGGCCAUCGGCAAUAAGACGCUUUCCAUUGCUACCCCCGCCCGGAAGCAGGACUUCAUUGCCUUCAACAACGAAACCGGUCCUGAGAUCUGGAAGUCUGUCGAUAUGGUCAACGUCAUGAGCUACGAUAUUCUCAAUCGGCGUGAUACCGUCACAGGCCACCACUCUAGUGUGCAGGGCAGCUUGGACGUGGUCAAUGAUUACUUGGACUGGGGUCUUGAGCCUGAGAAGAUUAACCUGGGCUUCGCCUACUACGCCAAGUGGUUCACCACUGACCCCAACUCGGACUGCGCCACCCACCCUAUUGGCUGCAAGAUGGUCAAGCUUGAGAAUGACGACGGCAGUGACAACGGCAAGUCCGGCGCGCUGACCUUCGAAGCAGGCACUAUGGCUGCUCCCCCGGCCAACCUGGCCGUUAGCACCAACGGCAAGUGUGGUGCUGGAGAGGCCUCCAAGUGCCCUGAUGGCCAAUGCUGCAGUGCAUAUGGCAACUGUGGCACCGGCGACGACUUCUGCCAAGCAGGCUGCCUCUCCGACUACGGAACUUGCAAGGGCGUCUCGAUCACCGACUCCUGGCGCCGGGCACAAGAGGACGGCAAGACGGACGAGGAGGCCGGCGGCCAGUAUUACUGGGAUGCAGAGACCAACCUCUUCUGGACUUGGGAUACCCCAGAUUUGAUCGCCCGCAAGUUCUCGGACAUCGUGGAGGCGAAGAAGCUUGGGGGUGUGAUGGCUUGGAGUUUGGGUGAGGAUACCUAUCAGUUUGCUCACCUCAAGGCUAUGCAGAAUGGUGUCGAGUCUUCUACUGCUAGAAAAGGUACUGCGGCAAAGAAAGCCCAUGCUGCUGUGCACAAGCCGGCGCACAAGCCGGCGCACAAGCCAGUGCACUAA